AUGACCGAAGAUGACAAAACCGUGACGUCCGUGGUUGUCACCAGCCUCUACCACAUCUACAACAUCUGCUACAUCUACCGUCUCAUCUAUCACCUUACCUACCAUCUACCGUUAUCAUGUCGUCCUCGUCUCCAGAUCAACCCUCCUCCUAUACCCAGAUGGCCGACCACGACCUCGAAGACAUCGGCAAACACUGCGAAUUUGAGUUCUGUCGUCAGCUUGACUUUCUUCCGUUUCGAUGCGAAUCAUGCCAGGGCCGGAGAAUGGGCUCGUCGACGUGGCGGGCUUAACGGCACCGCUUCCACCGUACCCUCGCGGCUCUCGCCGAAACCUACGGUUUACAACUCCGCACAGUGCUCUCACCCAUCAUGCAAGACCCUAAUCCACACCAUGGCGAAUGCAGGCGUCCACUGCCAGAACUGCCACAGGGAAUACUGUCUCUCCCAUCGGAUGCGGGAGGACCACGACUGUAGCAACCUAACACCCCUAGGCGCCAGCCCGGCGUCGGUAGCUUUCACAUCCUCAGCCGACAAGGCACGACAGGCAUUUUCACGUCUACGGAGCUGGGGGAAGACCAAAUCGUCCGCCGCUACAACUUCAAUAGUUCCGAAAUCAAAACCAAAACCUAACUCAGCCGCAUCGCGGAUGGCGCAUUUAAACACACUGAAGAAGAACGCCAAGGGGGAUUCCAACCUUGACGUUUCCAAGCGCUUCUAUCUCCAUGUUGAAGCCUCGGCAGAUACGACUACUGCCAAAUACCCCACUGGAGAUUUCUACUAUGACAAGGGGUGGAGUGUGGGCAAGAUCCUAGAUGAUGCGGCGCGGAAGUUGCAGGUGCAGAAUGUCAAUAACCGGACUGCUGGGGAAGAGGAUCGACUGAGGAUCUUCCACGUCGAGGGAGGCAAACUUUUAGAUUUCUCCAAUAAGAUUGGGAGCUGCUCUGUGGCCCAGGGAGAUACUAUUGUAUUGCUCAGGGGGGUUGGGCCACCAGUGCCUGAUCUGAUUGAGAUGUAG